AUGUACCAAAAGAAAACACAACCAGCAGCAGCAGUAUGGAGCAGAAGACAGCCACGCACUUUCAGCUCGUUCAAACCCACCAUACUGGAGAAGAAGAAGAAGGAGAAGAAGAAUAAGGAGAAGAAGAAGAAGGAGAAGAAGAAGAAGGAGAAUAAGAAGGAGAAGAAGGAGAAAAAGGAGGAGAAGAAGAAGGAGAAGAAGAAGAAGAAGAAGGAGAAGAUAUGUUUUUGA